GGAAAAUCGAAGACGAAGGGGUAUUGCAGUUAGGGCCUCCAUGGGUAAAACCACUGAUGGCGCGACACGAGACUUGGGUCUGUCUCUACGAAAGUCGAAGAAAGUCGAAGACGAAUGGGUAUAUCAACGGCAAAAAGGCCUGCGCGCAGAUUAUGUAGGUGGGGGAACGAACCGCUCGUCAAAGAGAAAGCAUUAUGUCUAAAGGUGUAUGUUGUUGUCUAGUAAUAGUUGCUGUAUGUCUCCGGUGCCUUCAAGGAAUGCACGGAUUGACUCCUGUGAAUCGAGUUCGGGCCAUAUAAACGAUUGGGAUGCAAGGUCGAAGGAACCACCCGCCGGCCCCUCGAUAGGCGCCAGGAUCGGAUCAGGAGGAGGAAGCAUCUGGGUGCUGGCAUACGGAUGCGCGCGUUGUCGCUUCUUUGUCCUCGCCGGACCCGACGACGACGUCACAGAAGGAGGGGUACGCGACACCCUCGGUCCUCUCGCGGGCGGCGGUCCAUCGCUCUGUCGCGCGUUCACGAACACCCACGACGACCACCCGGAUCGCGCCGACGUCGACGAUGCGGCACCAGACGACCCCGAUCCCGAGGACGUGAACGAGGGUGCGACGGAUAUCGCCGAUGCCGAGGAGGAGGGGGGUACAACGUAGACCGACGACGGCCCGAUCGAGGACCGAGCGUCGUCGCCCGACGCGGAUGAGGCGUAGCGCGCCGAGACCGAAUCGUCGACCCACGAUCCAAGCGUCGAUGGAGGCCGCGUUGCACAGGUCCCACGCACGGAGAUCGAGUCUUCCGCCCAGGAGCCAAGCGUCGACGGUGGCCUCCCGUCGGAUGGUGGAGCAGAGUCGCGAAUGGGCAGUGCGGGUCGUUCCGCGGCCGUGUUGCCGUCCUUGUCCUUCGGCCCGUCGCUGGAAACCACGGACCCGUAGCACGCCUCCUGCGGUACACCUCCUGCUCCCUUGGCGCGCCUGUCCAGCUCGUCCAACCACCUCCCCAGCUCCCCGGUAAUAAACAUCUCACGCACGCACUUCCUCUCCG